AUGGCUCAGCUCAGCUUGCUAAGAAUCAGCACUGUCUUUCGUGUUAGAGUCAUGUCUAUUAUGGUGCACAUUAUCUUGGUAGAGUCAGUUGAACCAGUGGGCAGGAGAUACAAAGCCUGCAAGUCUAGAAAUUGUGAAAAUGGUCCACAGAUAAGCUACACUGUCCAGAUCAUAGAAGAAAAUUAUCCAGAUUGUUGUGGUUAUCCAGGCUCCUUUCCUGUUGAGUUGAAUAUAGGCAGCACCCCAUCAUUUUGUGCUUCCGAUACUCCGUACCACUCUUAUGCUGUUAUAGAAGAUGGAAAAAUGAGUAUGGGUUUUGGAUUGUUUUUGGCUUUCUUUUUGAUUUCUCAUGUCCUGCCUCUCUCGCUCUCGGCUGAAGAAGAUGGCAAAUCCACUGAUGCUACUUGCCCAGAGAGUUUUAAUUGUGGAAACCUUACUGGGGUACGCUUCCCUUUCUUCGAUUCGUCACAUUCUUCUCAUUGUGGCCUUCUCAAGCUCAACUGUGAGGCGAUGCAAUCUCCAACAAUUGUAUUUGACUUUACAGAAUAUCUAUGGGUUGAAGCUUUAGAUAUGCGCAACUCUGUGAUCAGGCUUCACGACUACAAGCUUGAGCAUCUUUUGGCUGUAAAAUCUUGCGAAUAUUUCGACUUUGGUGUUAUGCCUCUUCCGAACUAUUCUUCCAUUUCAUAUUCGAUUCUGCCAAAUAUUGCGCUCUACGGAUGCAAGAGAAGCCCCGAAACAAGCCAGAAGCUGGCUGAUUCUUUCAGCGGAUACAAACAAUAUGACAAUUGUGGUGAACCUAAUAAUGGCUUCAUCAUUUACUAUCAAAAUCCAGAACAUCACGCUCCACCAGUGAACCUCGGUGGAGACAUUCAAUCACUCUGUAAAAAUGUCACUCUUCCCGUAGUCUCCCGGCAUGAUUACUCAGAGAACGCCGACUUGUUUCAGUUAUUGACUGCUGAGUUCGAUCUUGAGUGGCAUCUCUCUGAAGAUUGCUCUAAUUGUCAACUUGAAGGACACGAGUGUCGGAUUGAAUGGAGUCAGAGCUGGGUUCCGCAUUGUGUCUAUCCUAAAAAAGGAAAGAAGAACUUGAAAGUCAUUCUGCCCAUAGUUUUACCUAUUAGUGCAUCCAUAGUUAUAGUCCUGGCGCUCCUUUUUAUUCGGCACCGCAAGAACAAGAUGAAUUUCGCCUCGUACUUCCUCUCAAGAAACACUUCAGAACCCUCCUCAAAUCUGGACCUUGAAGGUGGCAGCGUUUACUUUGGAGUGCCCGUCUUCUCCUACUCUGAACUUGAAGAAGCUACUAAUAGUUUUGAUGCCUCUAAAGAACUUGGAGACGGAGGUUUUGGAACUGUAUACUUUGGCAAGCUUCGCGAUGGAAGAGAAGUAGCAGUUAAGCGUCUUUAUGAGCACAACUUCAAGCGAAUGGAGCAAUUCAUGAAUGAAAUUCAAAUUCUAACCCGUCUGAGGCACCGGAAUCUUGUUACUCUAUAUGGCUGCACUUCUAGACGUUGUCGUGAACUCCUCCUUGUUUAUGAGUACAUUCCUAAUGGCACAGUUGCCGAUCAUCUCCAUGGUGAUAGAGCCAAGGAUAAGCACCUCACCUGGCAACACAGGAUGAAUGUUGCCAUUGAAACCGCUGAUGCGUUGGCCUAUCUCCACAAUUCAGAUAUUAUUCACCGUGAUGUGAAGACUAAUAACAUACUCCUUGAUCAUAACUUCUGUGUCAAAGUUGCAGAUUUUGGACUUUCCAGGCUGUUCCCAAAUGAUGUCAGUCAUAUCUCAACUGCUCCACAGGGGACUCCUGGGUACGUGGAUCCAGAGUAUCAUCAAUGCUACCAGCUUACCGAUAAAAGUGAUGUUUAUAGCUUUGGUGUCGUCCUCAUUGAGCUCAUAUCAUCAAUGCCAGCAGUCGACAUAAGCAGGCACAGGCAUGAGAUCAAUCUAGCUAACUUGGCAAUAAACAGGAUUCAGAAAUGUGCGUUUGAUGAGUUGAUUGAUCCAUCUCUUGAAUACAAAUCAGAUACCGAGGUUUGGAGGAUGACAACUUCAGUAGCAGAGUUAGCUUUCAGGUGUUUGCAGCUUGAGAAGGACAUGAGGCCGAAAAUGGAGGAGGUCGUGGAGACCUUGAAGGAGAUAAAGAAUUGCAAAGAUACUUCAAUUGAUAAGACAGAUGAGACUGAUGAAAAGGCUGUUGAGUCUAGAAAAGCAACAGUCGCUUCGCCAGAAUCAGAAGACAUUGUAUUGUUGAAGAAUGUAAAAUGUCCAUCUUCGCCGAAUUCCGUGGCUGAUGUAUGGGCUAGUAGCUCCUCUACUACUAGUGCUAGUAGAUGAGAUCCUUGCUCACUUUUCCUAGAACUUAAGUACACAUCAAUACACCCAUUUUCUGUGCUGCAAAUGAGCGAAUCAUAACACACACACACACUCUCUCUCUCUCUCUCGGCAUUUUGUAUUUGAUCCGCCGUCCCUUCUUUUCCAAACAUGUAUGAGAAAGUGAAAGAGCUAUAAGUGCAUACCAAUGUACAUAAAGAAAUGCAGCUGUCUUUUGAACUUUGAUUUCAUCUCAUGGAAUUUUCUGAAAUAAAUGAUCUCUUGGGG